GGUCGCACAACUCCAGAGCAGCAGACGAAAUGGCUAGCGCGAUGACAGUUUCCAGCAAACUCCGCGGCCUGCUGAUGCAGCAGCUGAGAGGCACCAGCCAGCUGUACCACGUCAGCCUUCGGUCUCUGAGCGCCUCCGCGCGCGAGGCCACCAAGAGAGCCCCGGAGGAGGAAUUCUCGGACCACAACUACGAGACUAUUCAAGUGACAUCCGCCCACAAGCAUGUUCUCCACGUGGAGCUAAGCCGGCCGGAGAAGAGGAACGCCCUGAACAAAGCCUUCUGGAGGGAACUGGUGGAAUGCUUCCAGAAGAUAUCGAAGGACUCCGACUGCCGGGCUGUGGUAAUUUCCGGUGCAGGAAAAAUGUUCACGUCAGGGAUUGACCUCAUGGACGCGGCUCCCGACAUCAUGCAGCCUAAGGGAGACGACGGGGCCCGCAUUGCCUGGUACCUACGCAACCUCAUCUGCCAGUACCAGAAAACCUUCACCGUCAUUGAGAAGUGCCCCAAGCCAGUGAUCGCGGCUGUCCACGGUGGCUGCAUAGGCGCAGGUGUGGAUCUUAUCUCUGCCUGUGACAUCCGCUACUGUGCCCAGGAUGCUUUCUUCCAGGUCAAGGAGGUGGAUGUGGGCCUGGCUGCUGAUGUAGGAACUCUGCAGAGACUGCCCAAGAUCAUGGGGAACCAGAGCCUGGUCAAUGAGCUGGUCUUCACUGCUCGCAAGCUGAUGGCUGAUGAGGCCCUGGACAGCGGGCUGGUCAGCCGAGUGUUCCCAGAUAAGGACGCCAUGCUGAAUGCAGCCUUCGCUCUGGCGGCUGAUAUUUCCAGCAAGAGCCCUGUGGCUGUGCAGGUGUCAAAGGUCAACCUGAUCUACUCCCGAAACCAUUCUGUGGACGAGAGCCUUGACUACAUGGCCACCUGGAACAUGAGCAUGCUGCAGACGCAGGACAUCGUCAAGGCGGUCCAGGCAACCAUGGAGAAGAAAGACGCCACUUUCUCCAAGCUCUGAGCGCCUUCCUGACCCUGUGGGAGGAAGGCUCCCCGGAGUCGGGAUGGUCCGUCCCCUCAGUGUCUUCUCUCCCACCUGGUCUCUUUGUCCAUCAGACCUGGGGCUGG